AUGGGCAAGAAGCCCGGCGGCGCCGGCUGGCUGGCCACCGUCAGGAAGGUCUUCAAGACCAGCCCCUCCUCCUCCCUGGCCACGGACUCGCGCCACGCCAACAAGGGGCUGGGAGGCGAGGAGCAGGAGGCAGCGGAGAUACUGUCCGUCGAGCACUUCCCAGCCACCGACACGUCGCCUGAGCUGACCAAUGAGGGCAGCGGCGGCUCCGUCGCCGGGUGGGCGCGGGAGGGCGGCGGGGUGGAGGCGGAGGCCAGGAGGGCGCGCCGCGCAAUGGCGUCGAGGAUGGCGAGGCUCGCGGCGUUGCGCGAGAGGGCCGCCGGCAGGGAGGACCGCGCCGCCGUGCGCAUCCAGGCAUUCUACCGGGGAUACUUGGCGAGGAGAGCCCUGCGCGCUCUACGCGGGCUGGUGCGGCUGCAGGCGCUGGUGCGCGGCCACCAGGUGCGUCGCCAGGUCCAUCACACCAUGCGCUGCAUGCAGGCCCUCGUCCGCGCGCAGGACCGCGUCCGCGCCCGCCGCCUCACCUCCCACGUCGCCACGCGUGGCCGUCCCGCCCCCGUCGUCCCCGCGCCAGGUGCCCGUCGGCAGUCCUACGGGCAUGACCGCCUUUUCUUCGAUGACCACCAGGACGAGGAGGACGCGGAGACGGCGGCGCAGGUACGGCGACCAAGAAACAGGCACGGCAGCAUCGGCAACCUGAGCCCGUUCCAGGACGGGUGGGACGCCGUCACCCGGGCCGGAGCCUUGCGCCGGCAUGACGACGCCCUGGCGUUCCCACCUGCCUACGCGCAUGACUUCCAGCAGCACAAGAUGAAAUUCCAUCACGAACAAAUGCAGCUUGAGCGCGACGAGCUGGACAAGCGCGAGGCCGGCUGGCACUGGCUGGAGCGCUGCAUGGCGCCCAACAGUGCGCCGCCGGAGCAGGCCAACCAGCACUUGGCGGCGGCGGAAACGUCGUACGUGACGGCGGCAACGGCCACGGCCACCGAAGGCGUUUCGGAGAGGACCGUGGAGAUGGAGCCGAGCAGGAAGAGCCCUCCGACGGACCUGUACCCGGUGCGCGCCGGGCUGGUUCCGGGGUACAUGGCGGCGACGCAGUCGGCGCGCGCCAAGGCCCGCAUGGCGCCGCCAGCCGCCCCGAGAGCUCACGCCCGGAGCCGGUCCGGGUCGGUGGCGCUCUGCGGGGGCUCGACGGCCAGCUCCGGCUGGAGCACGAGUAACAACGGUGAUCGUGCGGCGCAGCAGAGGGAACUGUACAGCCCGGAGUCGAGCUGCAGCGGGGACCGGUCGCCCCCGACACUUGGCGGCCGCGGCAGGGUGGCCUAUGCUUGA